AUGCUGAAGAAGAGGUCCCUACACCCCCCUCUGCUCUUCUGGUCCAACUCUCCCAGCUCAACACCUGAACUUUCCCCGACUUCCUCGUCAUCGGAUACUGAGUCGGACGAGGACAUGGACCCUUCCGGUUCACGUCCGUUAAGUCUGGCUGUUCCCCAUGGCACCUUUUGUCCCAUGCGACCGACUCUCGAUGAGGUGCUUGCCAAUACAGCACCUGCUCCCUACACGCUCAGCGCUUUCAUGGCCUACCUAUCACAGAAUCACUGCCUGGAAACUCUGGAGUUUACACUGGAUGCAAAGCGUUAUCGGGAGGCCUACGAGGAUCUUAGCCGCCAGCUAGGUCAGUUCCCUAUCGCGGCCGAUUGCCCAGAGAGCCGCCAUUUGCGUAUGCUGUGGCAGCGACUGUUAGCAGCAUACAUUCUCCCGGGUUCUCCGCGCGAAAUCAACGUCUCCAGCGAGGUUCGUGAAGAUAUCGUCCAACACGCCAACGCGUCAGUGCCUCCACCACCUUCGAUGCUUGAUGCUGCGGUGAAGCUGGUCCAUGAUUUGAUGGAGGAAUCGAUCUUCAUGCCCUUUCUAAACGCCCACUCGUCGUCCGCACACGUCUACCCUCUCUCGGAACCGCUGUUCUCCCAGGAUGACGGACUGACGAUAGUUUCCAACCCAAGUCUAGACGAACACGCAGUCAAGCGAGUCAAAUCAAAAGGAGGUCGUCUUUCGCCCCGCACGUCACGAGAAUUAGGGUCGCCAGUCUCCUCAAGCCCACCAUCCAGCCACCUAUCUCGCUCCAACUUCUCUCUCAACGCAGUCACGUCUCUCGGCAAGUCGUCCCACCGACCGUCGGGCCAGACUUCAAGUACAACGAGUGGUGAUUCUGGGUCUGCUGGCUUGACCGACGACUCUGGGAGCGUGCAGUCGAGCACUGGCGAGCCUAUGACUCCUCCAACAACCCCUCCUUCCAGCGAGCCCAGCAUGCAAGCCAGCAGUCCCAAGAACCGCGUCGACAACCCAUGGAAGAAGAUGGGCAUGAAGCUAGGAUUCAAGAAGCGAGGCACAAGCAGCCAAAACUUGCGAUUCCCUCCGGACGAAUGA